AAACUCUUUCUUCACUACAGGAAAUGUGGGUAUUAAUAGCGUCGUAGCAUAGCGUUUUUUGCUUCUCUGCUAUUGUAUAUAAACACGGGCCUUUAUAAUAGCGUUUUUGAAAUGUAUAAGCUAUCUUUGUAGUCGCGGGAAAAUAAAAUAAUUCAGCCGCGUUAAUUUGGUAAGUGGAGGCGCCUUACCAUUGCAAAUCAAAAACUAAAUGCUAUCGUAUAUGAAAAAAUAUAUUAAAAAUAACUUAAGUAUUAAUUGAAACCGAGACUUCAUUCUCUUCACUUCACUCUCUUCACAUUCCUCAAAAUCAAAACCGACUCAUCGAAGUUCUUCAGAGUUCUCUCGAGUCGAAGCUUCAAUUGGUAUGAGUUUCGAUUUGAUUCUGAGUUUAGAAUAGAGACUGGUUCUCUCGAGUCGAAUCUCUUUGAUUUUGGGUUUCUCUUUGAUUCAAAUCUCUUUUCACAUGCAUGUCCGCGUUAACACAUGAUUCGAUUUUGAUUGUGGGUUUCGAUUAGGUUUUGAAUAUGAUUGUGGGUUUUGAUUAGGUUUUGAAUAUGAUUGUGGGUUUCAGUUUGAUUUUGAAUAUGAUUGAAGGUUUCGAUUUGAUUUUGGGUUUAGAUUUUUUGAUCGAAUGGCUUGAUUUGAUUUUGGAUUUGUUUAUCAGUUUCAGAAAUGGCAAAGACAAGAGGACAAGUUGGUUCUCGUCGGAGUAAACGUAAUCAAGGCUUGGAGGUAGUAGAUCAAGAGGACAAGGCACCGCAACUAAAAGUGAAGAAAAGAACAGCAAAGAAAACGGCUUCCCCUAAAAAGAAUUUAGUUUUAACGCCAACGAGAAGAAGUAGUAGAAUCAAGAAAGUGGCUGCUGAAGAUGAUUACAUAGAAGAUGUAACACCAUCUGACGAUGAUGAGGUAGAAGAUGUUACACCUCCUAAGGAUGAUGAAGUACAAGAUGUAACACCUGCUCAGGAUGAUGAAGUAGAAGAUGUAACACCCGAAGAUAAGGAUGAUCAGGCUGAGAAGUCAAUGUCUGAAGAAGAUAAAGACGAUGAAGAGGAUGUCAAUGGGAAAGAGGAUGAAGAAGAUGGCGAUGUCAAUGGGAAAGAGAAUGAAGAAGAUGGAGAUCUCAAUGGGAAAGAGAAUGAAGAAGAACCGGCCAAUAUGGAAGAUGAUGGAGUUCUUAAUGAGAAAGGGAACGAAGAGGAAGCUUGCGAAGAAGAAGCUCGCGAUAUGGAAGAAGAUGGCACUGCGCAAGAUGAUGAGAUUCCUAGUACUGAAGGAGUUGAGCUAGCAGGGGAGGAAGUUUCAAAAAAAAAUAAAAGAGGACCUACAAAGUUGCGUAGAGUGGCUGAAAAUCCCAAUGAUAAGAUUAUGGUCACAUUCAAUGACAUUGGUGAGCAUGUUGGACCUGGUUCAGUAACCCUAUCGUCGUUUCUUGGUCCUCUUGUGAGGGAACAUGUUCCGGUUACACUUGCCGAUUGGAGAAAACUUGAUGCAGCGACUAAAGCAACAAUGUGGGAAGAAAUUCAGGGGAGGUUUAACUUGCAAGAAGAGUGGCAGAAAGCUGUUAUUUUCAAGCAGCUGGGAAAUGUGUGGAGGGCUGGGAAGUCAAGGCUGGUGUCACAAGUACGUGUGGCGAAGACUGCAGCUGAGAGAAUAGCUUUAAAACCGAGCAACAUCCCAUCCCUUCAACUGUGGAACACUUGGGUUAAGAGUAAGACUACCAAAUCUUUCACAGAAACGAGUAACAAGUACAGAGCGAUGAGAAGAAAUCAGAUUCCUCACACCACCAGCCGCAAAGGAAUGCUUCGUUUAGCUGAUGAUAUGGUAAAAGAGUAGUCAAACAUCUACAUAUUGUAGAUCAGCUUGUUAGAUUAAAAUGGUAGUGAGAUAUGUUUGUUUUCAUAUAGAAAAAAAAGAGUAAAGACCCAAGUAAGGUGAGUAGAUCCAAGGUUUGGAUUGCGGGACACACUCAUGCUGAUGGCAGACCUGUGAAGCCCCAGUUUGCUGAGACUAUUGUAAGCAUUAUGGAAGUUGUAUAUUGUGUAUAGUUAAUAGACUAUGGCAAUGAAUGAUUUUGUGUUUAAAUGAUUGUAUCAGGAACAAAUACAGUCACUUGACAGUCGGAUGGACUCCACAUCAGCUGCUGAUAACAUAAGGGAAGAUGCUGUGAGCAAGGUUUUGGGAAAAGACAAACAUGGACGAGUAAGGGGCUUUGGUAGAGGGAUUACAGCUAAUAAGCUAGCACAUCUGCAAUUUAAAGACGCUAAGAUUGCAGAAAUGAAAAGUGAGAUUGAAGAGUUAAAGGGGAUGGUGCGAGAAUUAGCUGAGAAGAAGGUAAUCCUUUUCAUUACCUUUGGUCAAUUAGUUUUAAGACAUUUACGAUUUCCGUUGCCUUUUCUCAGAAAAGUAAUGUUGAUGCUGAAACAUCUGAGAGUAGUGGUGGAUUCAAAGGAGUCAGAGUACAAAUACUGGAUUGGGUUGAAUCAGAGGAUGUUGUUGUUGGUGAAGGAGAAUUCUGCUCUGCUGAACCGAAGUACAAAAUUGGUCGUAUACCAAUUGGUCCUAAUGCAGUGGCUAUCGUAGUUAAGUAUGCACUAAGCGCAUCAGCUUCACUCUGGAGGCCUACUACGGAUGUGUUAACUCUUGAUGAAGCUGUGGGAUACAAGAUAUCUUGGCCAAUGGAUAAAGUGAUUUUGGAUAAGGAUCCAAACUGUUCUGAAGAUUUAUCUAUGCAAAGCAAGGAAGGUGAAUAUCGAAGAUGCAAGAUAUAUGAUUGGACCAAUGAUGAGGACGAGGUCAUUGCUGAAGGUCUCGUGUGCUCUUCAAAAUCCAAAGACAUGGUUAACAACAUACCUCUGGGUCCCAAUGCUGUUAGUGUCGAAGUAGUGAAGGUGUUCAAUGAUCAAGCAUAUUUGUGGAGGCCAACCGCUGAUAUGUUCUUGAUUGGUGAUGCACUUAGCGAGAAAAUAGCAUGGCCAGUCCUAAAGGUUGAAGUCAUGCCUACACCUGCUACAGAAGUAACACCAACUAAAUGUGCAGGGAAGAAAAUAGCAUCACCUUCGAAGCCAGCCAAGAAAAAAGCAGUGGUAUGUAAUUGACAUGAAGUUAAAUUUUUUUAUUUGCCUGAUGAUUGAUGUUGCGUCCUUGAUUGAUGUUGGAACUUGCUUCUGUCAUCUUGUUUGAGUUGUAGAGUCCAGGCAGCACUAGUUCGACCAGAAGUCCGAAGCAGAAGUGCACUCUCUUGGAUUGCAACAACUCUGGACGUAAGGUAGCUGAAGGAAGGGUAGCUUCAACGGAUCCGAAUGAGUUGUGCCACUUUGUACCCCUAGGUCCAAAUGCAAGCAAGGUGUGGAUUGAUGUGGCUAAGAUCGGUGAUGCAAAAGUCUGGAGGCCAAAUUCAGAGAUUGAAUACAUAUCUGAUGCAAUGGGUUCGGUUGUGGCAUGGCCAAAUGACAAAAUCAAGUUUGUCUAAAAUUGUCGUCUGAAACAUUUUUCAAGUUGGUUCUCAUCGGCUAUGUAUUUCUAGUGUGUGAUCGAAUGUUUAGGUACUUUUUUACUCGGUUGAAAUCAUGUAUGAUAUUAUGUAACAGUUAGCAGACAAAAAAACAAAAAUUAUGUGUUAUAUUAUGAUAUAAGGUUAUGUGUGAAAAUGUUUAGCUUGUUAACCCCUAUACCCUUAAGUGCAUAAUUUUACAUUAAACCAUAAGCUUUAAAAAUUAAAUCCACAGACGGGAAGACCAAAAAUUAAAAUCCUAUACCCUAAAGUGAAAUCCCUAAACCCUAAAGUACAAACCUAUACCCUAUACCCUAAUUGUACUUGAUUUCACAAUUUUGUUCAUUCUUAAAAGGAUAUUGUAAUCUUAAUUUCACAAAACUGAUUAGUUAUAAAUUUUAUAAACACUCAUUUGUUCAAACCCUAUACCCUAAAGCCUUUGUACAUACAAAUAAGUAGUAGUGUUUAUGAACAUAUGAGCUAGAUUGAUCAAUCUUAUAAAAGCUCACAUAAAAAAUUUAUAUUCAUACAAUUUUUUUUUUGUAAAAUUGGAAAACUGAAUAUUUGAUUUUUAAGAUUUAAUUUAAUUUUUUUUUGCUUCAAAAUCAUAUUUAUAUAUUAAUUUCCAGAUUUCAAACGAAAUUAAUACCUUGAGCCAAUAAGGAGUAACCUCCAAGAUUGCAGACGUGGCAAACCAUAUGCCGAUGGAUGUGUCUUCCCAACUUCAAUCUUAGCCAUUCUUUUUAUUUUUUGAGCCAAUGAGGAGCAACUACUAAGAUUGCACUCGGAUUAAUCAUAGACCGUCCGAUUUCUCUCCAAAUCUUUGAUCACAACCGUUCAUUUUUUUCUGUCUCUGUUUGCACUCGGAAAAUUUCAGAACACAACAUCUCUCUUUCUGUCGAAACUCCUUUCUGUCUCGCGAUCUAAAAUAAAAAAAACCCUAAAGAAAGCACAUGUAUCUCUCGAGCUAAAAUCAAACCAGCUGUUCCUGUAUUCUCCGAUUGAAAGUAAGCAAAUGGAUAAGUCGUGGAUUUGGCUUCCAAGGUAUAACCUAAAAUCUCUCGAUCUCAUUUCUACUCGCCGAUUGAAAUAAAGCUAACUUCUUUUGUCUGAUUCUUGUAGGAAUAGCCACGAGUAUUCAGAAGGAGCAACUAAUUUUGUGAAUUCGUCCGCAAAAAGAUUGGGAAGUCUGUCUGAAAUGCUAUGCCCUUGUAGAGACUGCCGCAAUCUGAGCCAUCAGUCACUGGAUAAAAUUGUGGAGCAUUUGGUGAUUAGGGGUAUGGAUAAGAAGUAUAAGAGUUCUCGUUGGAGUAUUCAUGGAGAAAAAAGAGAUUCUGCAGAAGACAGUGUUCUUCAAUAUGAAACAGAGGCGUUUGAUUUGUUUAAGACAAUAUUCUCCAUGGACGAAGGUGGUCCAAACCCGACAACUGACAACGAAGACGAUGAAGCACCAGAGGAAAUUGAGUUUAAGAAAAAGCUCAGAGACGCUCAAACGCCAUUAUACUCGGAUUGUCUCAAGCACACAAAGGUUUCAGCUAUCAUGGGACUUUACAGAUUCAAGGUUAAAAGUGGUGUGUCGGAGAACUACUUUGAUCAGCUGUUGGUUUUACUUGAGGAUUUGCUACCUGAAGACAAUGUUCUUCCCAAGAGUUUAGCUGCAAUCAAAAAAUUUCUGAAGAUCUUUGGGUUCGGCUACGACAGUAUUCAUGCUUGCAAGAAUGAUUGCAUAUUGUAUAGGAAGGAGUAUGAGAACCUAGAAAGCUGUCCAAGAUGCAAAGUUUCAAGAUGGGAAAUGGAUAAGCACAGUAAUGAGUUAAAGGUGGGGAUUCCGGCAAAGGUCCUUAGAUAUUUUCCAAUCAAGGACAGGUUUAGGAGGAUGUUUAGAUCACAAAGGAUGGCUGAAGAUCUGCGUUGGCACUAUACCAAUGCCACUGAAGAUGGUACAAUGCGGCACCCUGUUGAUUCUAUCUCUUGGGCACAAGUGAAUACUAAAUGGCCAGACUUUGCUGCUGAUCCACGGAAUCUUCGACUUGGGAUUUCUACAGAUGGGAUGAACCCUUUCUCCAUGCAAAGCACCAAUCACAGCACAUGGCCAGUGUUGUUAGUGAACUAUAACACGCCUCUAACCAUGUGUAUGAAGGCUGAGAAUAUAAUGCUGACUUUGUUGAUCCCUGGUCCUACUGCUCCUGGUAACAACAUUGAUGUUUACCUAGCACCACUGAUACGAUCUAAAGGAUUUGUGGGCUGAGGGUAUUGAAGUGUAUGACUCAUUUGCGAAGGAGAACUUUAAUCUCAGAGCCUUGCUGCUUUGGAGUAUCAGUGACUAUCCAGCCUUAGGAACACUGUCUGGAUGUAAAGUAAAGGGGAAACAAGCCUGCAAUGUAUGUGGAAAGGAUACACCUGCAAGGUGGCUUAAGUUUAGCCGCAAGUUUGUGUACAUGAGUAACAGAAGGAGACUACCGCCUGGCCAUCGUUACAGAUAUAAAAAAGCUUGGUUUGACAACACUGUGGAGGAAGGGAAUGCUAAUAGGAUACAAACAGGCGCUGAGAUAUAUGAGACACUACAAGCUUUUACGAAUGAUUUUGGUAGACCUCUAGAGAAGGAAAAGACUAGAGUUGGAAGAUGAUGAGAAGUUACAAGAAGAAGAGUGUGAAGAAUCAAAUGAACUAUGGCGGUGGAAGAAGAGAUCAAUAUUCUUUGAUCUACCUUACUGGAAGGUAAACUAUAGUAACUGACCUAUAUUAUCUGAUUACUGGAAGAAGAGAUCAAUAUGUCUAACAGUUUCUUGUUUAAUGUGUUAGGAGUUGCCUGUUCGUCACAAUAUUGAUGUUAUGCACGUAGAAAAGAAUGUGUCUGAUGCUAUAUUGUCUCUGUUGAUGCAAAGUGCGAAGUCAAAAGAUGGGUUGAAAGCAAGAAAAGACUUAGAAGAUAUUGGAAUCAGAAAGCACUUGCACACAGAGGUGAGGGGAAAGAAAACAUACUUACCUCCUGCUGCCUACUGGUUAUCGAAGAGAGAGAAGACCAUUUUCUGCCAAAGGUUAGCUAAGUUUAGAGGCCCUGAUGGUUAUUGUGGUAAUAUUGCGAAUAGUGUUUCAGUUAACCCUCCAAAUAUUGGUAGUUUAAAGUCGCAUGAUCAUCAUGUCUUAGUACAGAACUUGUUACCAGCUGCAUUAAGAGGGUUGUUACAUAGGGGUCCUAGGAUAGCCAUAAAUAGAUUAUGCAGUUACUUCAACAGGUUGUGUCAGCGCAUCAUUGACCCAGAGAAACUUAUAUCCAUGGAGACAGAGUUUGUGGAGACAAUGUGUCAGCUGGAGCGCUUCUUCCCUCCAGCCCUUUUUGAUAUCAUGUUUCACCUUCCACUACAUUUAUCAAGAGAGGCACGGUGGGAGGACCAGUUCACUUCCGAUGGAUGUAUCCCUUCGAAAGGUUUGAUCAACAUCUCUCUUCAAUAUAUCCACUUCCCACAAUGAUGUUUGACUAAUAUUCAUAUUUCCUGAGUUAUAGGUACAUGAAAACACUAAAGGCUUUUGUUAAGAAUUAUGCAAGGCCAGAAGCAUGUAUGGCUGAGGCGUAUUUAGCUGGAGAAUGUGUUGCAUUUUGUUUAGAGUUCCUUAAAGAAUCAGUACCAGUUCAAGAAGCAGUUAAUCGUAAUGAAGAUGUUGAGGCUGAUAGAAUGGUGGUUGAAGGCCGACCUCUGCAGAAGGGUAUAGAGGUUACCCUGUCAGAUAAAGAUAGAGACAUUGCACAUCGAUAUGUGCUAAUGAACAUGGCAUCUUUGGAUCCCUUUCUUGAGUAAGUAAUUCUCUAUGUUUCUUCUACUUGUUUUACUCAUAAUUUCAUUUUCAUAUACUGUUGUUUAAUUUAAAAUCAGGAUGCAUUUGGAAGAGUUGCAAGCUAAGGAUGCUCGAUUGGCUAAAAAUGAAACUUUGUUAUGGAAAAACCAUACUGAACACUUUACAGAAUGGCUUAAAAAUAAGGUUACAAACUCCAAAUUCUUUUCUUGAUUAUUAUUGUAAAUACUGGUUAGCUUGUUUGGUGAUGACUAGUUAGCUUGUAUCAUGAUGCCUGGUUUGUAUCUUGAAGAACAUGUCCAUAUUUUAGCGAAUUGAUGUCUGAGUAGCUUAUAGCUUGAUGAAACUGUCUGGAUUUUUAGUAUUUUAUGACUGGUUAGCUUGUAGAUUGAUGAUUGGUUUCGUGGUACAUAUUAUCAUGUUUUGAUUAUAAUUUAAGUACCUCGGCUUGAUGAUAAUCCUCUGAUUUCCUGCGGCAGAUUCAUUUAGACUCAAAAGAUAGUCAUUCUAAGGAGAUAAGGUGGUUGGCAUUUGGACCAAGAAAUGUUGCUUUAGCACAUAAAGGAUUCAUCAUCAAUGGCCAACGGUUUCAUACUGAUGCGGUCAAGCUGAAGACACAAAACAGUGGAGUAACUUAUGAAGCCUUUAGCAUGUGUAGAUCAAGUGCAAGAGAUAUGAGACAGGUCGCAGAUAUGAUUACAUACUAUGGAGUGAUAAAGGAGAUUUUGGUCAUCGACUAUCACAUGUUCAAAGUGCCACUCUUUAGAUGCAACUGGGCAAACACAGCGAAUGGUGUGAAGGAAGAAGAUGGCUUCACUCUUGUUAACCUUCAUAUGAACCAAGCAGCCUAUUUGAAAGAUCCAUUCAUUCUACCUUCUCAAGCGAAACAGGUUUUCUACUCUAGGGAGGAUGAUGCUUCAAAUUGGUAUGUUGUUAUGAGAGCACCACCUAGAGGUUAUCAUGAGUUGGAAACAGAAGAGGAUUUAGGUGGUGCUCCUUUACCUGUCCAAGAAGUUGAUGAUAUGGGUGAUGAUAUGGAUGAUGAUAGUGUAUAUGUUAGGGAUGAUUGUGAAGGUUUAUUAGUGGUAGAUUGAUGAUAUGUUGUAUGCUUGUGUGAUGGUUUGUAUGAAUGUGAUAAUGUUGUGUUA